CGCAUCCAGUGGGUGGAGCAGCACCACACCCACAGAGACAGAGAGAGAGAUAGAGAGUGUGAGGCUGUUCAUAAGUAUCUGCAUUUACACCCACUGUCCCGCUUCUAUCUAGUACUGCUUGCUAGCUCGUACCGUGGCCGAAGUGGGCGUCACCACGGAUGUGCACGUUCCCUCUCGAAGAAUCUCUAACGACCUCUCAAUGACCAUUUGAAAAGUUUCUGCAUCGCAGAGAGUAGGUUCCGGUGCUCACAAGAGCAGCCUUUAGACACAUGCUAGUGUGGGCUCUCAACUAAAUACCGUUAGUGAAAGAGAUUCAGGGAAACCCGAGAUACAACCAGUCAACAGUGGCUGUGUACUGUGUGUACAAAGGGGAGUUUCGCUGAGGAGGAUGGAUUAGGUUGUCUUCGCAGCUUCUAUCACGUGCUAGCGCUGUGGAGAAACGACUCGCCAGCUCAGUGACAACGAGUUCACAGUAUCGUCAUUGGGCUCGAGGAGUCACCAGAACAUGCUUUGUGAGUAAUUGACCUCAACCACCACCAUAUCCUGCACCCUGAAAGCGCAAUAGAAGUAUGCCGCAUCUCUUAGGUUACGGACAUGAAGGAGUUGCUGGACCAGGCGCAUGCAUCCAUUUUCUGUACAUUAUGUAGCGUUUGGCUGCCGAUUAAAGUGGAUUCGUCUGCACUAAAGGCCUGAAAUAUUGCUCUUCCGCUGUAUGGAUGCUUUGCCCUAUAUGCACAAAAGUACUUUUCUUUUUUUCUUUUUCUUUUUUUUCUCCUCUCUUGGGAUGUGAACUGUGGUGCUACUGCUGUCGAUGGCUAGGAAAUUUUAUAUCAGAUCUGAAGGCAGAUUGCUCAAGCACUUGAUGUUAUGGGUUGCCUCCGAAGGAGAAGUGUAGGGUGCAGAAGUCAAAGUCAUAUUUCGCCCCAACUUUAUUUCUUCACUCAAGUUUGUCUAAAUGUAGGGGAUAUUUUCCACUGGAAAUCAUGCUGACUACAUCUCUUCUUACGUUCAUGUUGAUGUUAAAAAGUUGUUUGCUAUACACACCAGCUCUCUACGAUUGUCUGAUGCCAACUCUCGACACUGUCUAUCUUCACCUCCAAUGACUUUGACCUUCAAGCUCCAGCAAAUCCUUCGCUGAACUGACAGGUCUGUCCUGAGCAAAUGCAAUCGGAAGGUCUCAUGAAAGUCUUAAAACCUGGCAUGUACGAAUGGCGUCUGUUAGUGCUAACACAACGACAACCGAUGACGUUGACGUCAAGAGCUCAGACCUGGCUAGCCAUAACACGGAACUCAAUGGAGACAAGUCCGAAUACUCCAAGGAAAAAUACCACGAUGGCGAAAUCAGCCUGCAGGACUUCAUGCUGCCAGAAGACGACCACAUUAACAUCCCUGACGACGCCUUCGACCCAAAUAAUAGCAGCAUUCCAGUCAUCGACCUGUAUAACCCCAAUAGAAACCUGCUGCUCUGCCAGAUGAUCCAGGCCGCGGAAAGCUUAGGUUUCUUCUUCGUGACCAACCACGGCAUCUGUGCCGACCUUAUCCAGCGUCUUAGGAAUCAUUUGUGUCGAUUCUUCAACCUCCCUAUGGAUGUCAAGCUGAAGGCACGGCGCGGGCUCUCGCCGGGCAUGUGUGGCUUCGUCCCCGGCAGCCCCGUGUUCUUAGCUAGUCGCUGGUGGGCAGAGUCGCUGCAGCUUGACUGGGACGAAACAAGGAUGCGCAACGUCCUGCUGGGAAUAUUCCCUGUCGACGCUGAAUUUCAAGAAUUCCGGCCGAAGGUCUGGGCCUACCAGACAACCUUCAGGAAGCAGCUACCGACAGGAGGUGAACGAGGCACGAUGCGGUUCAAUUUCUACCCCACAUGCCCAUGUUCAGACAAGGUGUGGGGACUUAUUGCACAUCGCGACCCAUGUAUGCUGACCAUCCUGCAACAAGAUUCUGUGGGAGGGCUGCAAAUCCAAACCAAUGGGCAGUGGCUUGGUGUGGCUACUGUGCCGUUCUCUCUGGUGGUCAAUGUGGGCGAUAUGCUCAAGGCAAUGAGUAACGGACGGUUUCAGAGCAUGUUGCAUCGUGUAGUCACAAACUCUUCCAAGCAACGUCUCUCUAUGGCAUACUUUUGCAACACAACCAGCGAUGCAAUGAUUGGCGUGGCUCCUGCAUUGAUUACCAAAGAUCGACCUGCCGAAUACCGGCCUUUUGGGUACGCUGAAUAUUCCUGUAUGCCAUUUCACCCAAGUGAUUUGACUUCUAUUCACGAGUAUCGCCCUCAUCGGCUUGACUCUUACAAGAUAAUGCCUACCGACAGCGUUUCAGAAUGAACUCGUCACUGUGGACUGCAUGACCUGAGCCAGAGUAAGACGCGGUAAAAAAUUGAACCCUCGUUGCAUUUAGCAUUGUCUAGAUAGAGAAUACACUUGAUGCCUCACGAUGUGAUUACUAAGUUGAAGUCAGUAGCAUCCGAAAGCAAAAGAAAAAUCACAAGGUUUAUAAACAAGUUAACAUCCAACAAUACUGUGUAUACACGAAGGCUAACGAUUCUUUAAGGGAGUAAAUUCAGUAUGAUCUUUCAUAAACAGCUGAAGUCAACUACAUAAACUUGAAACAUAGCAAGAGAGAAAUAUAUGUAUGGCUCAGGUCAUGUAUGAUCGGGACUAAACAGCUACACAAAUUCUGACAUAGAGAAAUAUACGUGUAGGCUAACAAUAGCCAUUCAUAUA